UCAGGUGAUGGCACGGUCUCUUCCAUUAGACAAGCACAAACUGGUGAGCAACUUGAGACUGCUCCGGGAGGUGGUUUCUGUGACAGGUGACGGGACCAAUGAUGCACCUGCAUUGCAUGAGUCUGAUAUAGGACUUGCUAUGGGAAUUGCAGGAACAGAGGUUGCAAAGGGAAACGCCGAUGUCAUCAUUUUAGAUGACAAUUUCAGCACCAUUGUGAAUGUAGUCAAAUGGGGGAGAGCUGUCUACGUAAACAUCAAAAAUUUGUUCAGUUCCAGUUGACGGUCAACAUCGUCGCCCUC